AUGGCGCCCUCGAAGAAGGAACUAGAAGAAGCCCUCAUUGCUGCGACCUGCAGUGUCUUCGCUGCGGACCCAGAGACCACGACUGUCAACAAAGUACGGAAACAAGCUGAGGAAGACAAUGAUCUCGAGGAUGGCUUCUUCCGGAAUGAGCAAUGGAAAGGAAGAAGCAAAGAACUCAUCACAGAAUAUGUGGAUAAGUUGAUGAAUGGCUGGCAGCCGGACAGCAAGGCCUCAAAACGGCCGAGCGAUGAUGUCGCGAGUUCAGAGCCAAAGAGAAGGAAGAAGAGUGCGCCAAAGAAGACGUCCAAAAGCAAGGUAGCAAAAGAAGAUGCAAAGCCGAAGAACAAGGCGGGCCGACCAAAAAAGAAAAUUGUGGACAGUGAGGACGACGAGAGCGACAUGGAUGAGGACGAUGAGGACGACAAUGAUGAAGUCGUCAAGCCACAGACGAAGAUCGCCAGACGGAAGAAAGUCGUGGAUGACGAUGAAGAAGAGGCGGAUGAGCCCAGCACAAAACCCAAGCCUGCGCCUCGGCAACUGAAAGCAAAAGCUACCUCACACACGGAGGACAACGAAGAUGACAUGGAGCAGGACUCCCCGGCAGCCGAGGACAGAGACCCCGCGAAGGAGGAAAAUGAGGCCAAGGCGGCUGCUGACAGCGACAAUGAGUCCGAAAUGUCUGUGCUCAUCGAUGAAGAGCCCGCCACAGCCACACGUCGUGUUUCCAAGUCCCAAUCUGCCCCGAAAGAGAAGAAACCCAAGAAAGAAGCAAAGAAGAGUGCACCGAAAGCCAGCGACACCGCUGACGACCCGGACACGGCGGAGAUCAAGAAACUGCAGGGUCACCUGGUCAAGUGCGGUGUCCGGAAGCUUUGGCAUAACGAGCUCAAGUCCUAUGGGGACAAUUCGCGCGCCAAGAUUAAGCACCUGAGGGGCAUGUUGGACGAUGUCGGCAUGACGGGGCGUUUCUCGGAAGCCAAGGCCCGAGAAAUUAAGGAGAGGCGGGAGCUGCUGGCUGACCUGGAGAGUGCCCAAGAGAUGAACAAGCUCUGGGGAAGCUCGCGUGGCGCGAGGAGCUCAAGGGCCAAGCCGAAAAGUUUGAGAAAAGACAGUGAUACCGAGAAGCAAGGCAAAAGUCAUGACGAAAAGGGUGAUGGCGAUGAAGAAGAAGCAGGAGAGGAGGAGGAGGAGGAGGAGGAGGAGGAGGAAGAACAAGAAGAAGAAGAAGACGACGAAGAGCAAAGCUUUGCGGCCAGAAAAAGGAGGGCACAGGCCGACCUGGCAUUUCUAGGAGAUGAAAGUGAUUCGGAUUGA